UAAAUUGAAUUUCAUAUGCUAUUUCACGUGGUUCCUCGCGUUAUCGUCGAUAUUAAUUGGUGUAAUCUUCUAAUCAAUCCGUUUAUUUUCCUAAUCCUCGGUCCUAUAGUUUGCAAGGUGUGCAUAUACAAGGAGAGCGACGCGUGGGCCCUUCUGGCACUGAAGUCGGCACCGGCCAGCCCGACGAAGAUGCAGUGGAACCCGGAAGCAAAAGGUGCACCGAUUGCACGGUUAGAGGGUCGCGAGUUUGAAUACAUGGUUAGACAGCAUAGUAUCACUAUCGGACGUAACAGCAGCAAGGGUGAGGUCGACGUCAACAUGGGCCACUCCAGCUUUAUCUCACGACGACACCUUGAAAUCUACUAUGAUCACCCGUAUUUUUUUAUGGUUUGCAAUGGUAAAAAUGGUGUUUUUGUUGAUGGAAUUUUCCAACGAAAGAGUGCGGCUGAGUUCCGAUUACCAAAGACAUGUACAUUGAGAUUUCCAAGUACAAAUAUAAGACUUGUAUUUCAAUCGUUAGUAGAUGAACAAGAAGAAAGUAAUGUAUGUGUACGUUCUCCUCCAAAACAUAGAGCACCAUUACCACCUUUACGUAUUAAUAUUCCGGAUGCAGGCUAUAGUAGCCCAUUCCCUUCUCCUACUGGAACAAUCAGUGCUGCUAAUUCAUGUCCUGCAAGUCCACGUGCAGGACAAGGAAGGAGAAACAUAUCUGCGGAUCUACAGAUGGUGGCUGCGUAUGCAGCUGCUGUUGCAAAUGACUCACAAAAUUCUAAUAUGGAGAGACACGAGGGUGGACAAAGUUCUAAUAAAAUACAAAUAAGUCCUGGUACAACAGCGAAUUGUAGUCCUCCAAAAGAAGAUUCUAAACCUCCAUACUCAUACGCUCAGUUAAUCGUUCAGGCAAUAGCAUCUGCUGCAGAUAAACAGCUUACGUUAUCUGGCAUUUAUUCUUACAUUACCAAGAAUUACCCAUAUUAUAGAACUGCAGAUAAGGGAUGGCAAAAUUCAAUAAGGCAUAAUCUAUCGUUAAAUCGUUAUUUUAUCAAAGUACCAAGGAGCCAAGAAGAACCAGGUAAAGGAUCUUUUUGGCGAAUAGAUCCUCAAUCGGAAGUAAAACUUAUAGAACAAGCAUUUAGACAAAGAAGACAACGUGGAGUUCCAUGUUUUCGAGCUCCUUUUGGACUUUCAUCCAGAAGUGCACCUGCCUCUCCGUCUCACGUUGGAAUUAGUGGUUUGAUGACACCAGAAUGUCUUAGCAGAGAAGUUUCGCCAGGACCAGAAUCGUAUCCAGAUAGCACUGUAUCUUCUCCGGCUGGUCAGUUGACUAGUCAGUCCGCACCAGGAUCACCUGGUCAUCCUUAUGCAUCCUCGAGUCAAUCGUCUCACAAAGGUCGCCUAAUGCAACAGAUUACUGUUGUCACGAACGGUGUUAGUAGUGAUACAACCAGAGAAGAUAAGUACGUCGUAUCUGGAAAUACUACAGAAGAGCAUUCUCUUUCCCCAGCUGGUCAAUAUAGUCCAGCUCCUGUUAUUGUACAGACCACGUAUAAUUAUAGUGGAAGCUUUAUUGGUCCCGACGCAGGCGUCGGAGUUGCGAAGCGUUCACACGAGGAAUCGGAUAGUUCUCCUGGAUCACCAGCACCACUCGCUAUUGUCGAAAGUCCUGAACCACCUGAACACCAACCUCCAUCGACGAAACGUCAACGCGUUCAUGAUAUGGACGACCACUGAACCAUCGUUGUCCUAGACUAUCGUUACGUAGGACAUUUUUUGUUACAUCGCGCUACUCGCUCAUUGUCAAAUAUAUCUGCACGCGCGUGUACCUCACACUUGUUCGUGUGUGCGUCCGUAAACACGUGCACGCUUAAUGUUCAGAAUUUCGAAUCGAUGCCCAUAUCCAUACGUUUAAAUCUCUCCAUACAUUUUCAUCUUUGAUGCGCGCGCGCCGACAAAUACGUACAUGUACACACUCAGUUCUGUACUGUUUUUCAUUUGACCACAUAGUGGUUACUUUAUUUUCUGUGUAUGAUAAAUACUCGAUACAGUUUACUGUUUUACGCAACAAGUGGAAUAUUCGUAAGAAAAGCGAGAGCAGACAAAGUUAUUCCCUCGUCUCACAUUCUGAAAACUCGUUUUGAUGUUGUAUCUUUUCUUUUCUCCAACUUUUGAACUUGAAUCAACUGCUGAAGUAGUACCAGGGUUAUUCAGUCGUCAUGAUCAUCAGUAUGCACAUACACGUGUUUCGUUGAGUAAAUUUUUUAUGUUUUUCUUUGAUGACAUACAGGUACAAGGAGGCGACGGGAGCUUUGAUGUAUUUAUAAGAGGGAAUAAAUAUUUGUAACACUCGUGGAAGAGUAUUAUAUAUAAGAAACAUCUUGGAUGAAGUUAUACCGUACUAUAUUCAAAAGAUGUUGAAUCUCAAUAGAAGGAAAUAUUAUGUUAAAACAGCUCACGUUGUUCGCCUUAGUGCUUUGCAAAAGAAAAAGUCGCCUAUUCUAGGACGAUGCCAAUAAUGGUAAAUGAACUUGUUUGAGAAAUUUGUUGAAAAUUAUACAUAUUUUCAAUCGUAAAUAAGCUCAUAUGAGUUUGAAUUACAAAGCUUUCCCCUCAUGAACCACGUCGAUAUGGUUGAUUGUUUUUGUUUAAUAUCCGGUUACUAUUGGCUAAAAAAGGGGAAUAUUCACUGGCUCUUUCCGAUUCUUCGAUCUCGUCGAUUUUUCACGUUGUAUGAAUCGAUCAAUGAAAUUGAUUAUGACGCAAUUCGCGUUCAGUGAAAAUGCUCGCGAAUCGUAGAGACAAACUUUAGAUUGUAGUUAUGCGUAUGAUUUUACAAAGUUUCUAUUUAAAAAGAAAGAAAUGAAAGAAUGAAGAGAAAAGAAAAAGAACAAGCAAUAAUCUUAUGCUGAAUACGUCGAUCGAAAUUUCUUUCUGACGUGCCUGUUUAUCUAACGAAGAUAUUAACUUACUAUAAUCAUACAGGAAGAGGUGAUAGUAUUUUUGUUGCCACUUGUAAAUAAACUCUUAAACGAA